AAAAAAUCACUCAGCUAAAAGCCUAUCUCUAACGACAGAGUUGAACGGAGUUUUGGCCUAAUUAUGAUAAUAAAAACUGAGAUAAAAGAAGAAACCCCUUCCGUACCUUUCGGGGCAUGGGACUGAUAAGACCGAUAUCGAGGUAUUCGCACGGCCGUCUCCGUCGCUUUGAGUUUUGAACUUUCUGUCCAAUAAUUUGAAAUAGUUUGUUAUGCCGAGUAACAAUUUGUACAGGACAACAAACUGAGGCUGGCUUAGUUUCUGUGUCAUUUUCUGGCGUAUUAUUUUUACCUAAAUUGGAAUUAAUUUGAAACUAUAAACAGAUUCAUUAUGUUGUCAUGUGACAGAAGGCCCCAGAACCUGACUUUGGUUGUCCUUGCAGUAACAGUAGGGGUUUUGUAUUUAGCAUUUUACCGAAAUUCAUUUGGAUUUAUAAAUGACGUAAAAAGUAAUAUCCAGAAAAGCCCCAGCUUUGCACAGACAGACAAUUCGGAGAUACGAAGUGAUUCUAACCCAACUGAUAAAAAUUUUAUUGAUUGUCGAGGGAAAAGGCAGAAAAAAAUUAAAACCAUAUACAGCCGUGACCAGAAAGGUUGGUAUGAGAACCAGGAAGUUUGUAACGCCUGCUUCGAUUUUCCCAAGGCUUCCCUUAAAACCAGCAAUGGACCUACACCCAUCUUCAUUUAUCCGAGAGACCAAGAUAUUUGGGUCUCAACUUCACUGCAAGACAAAGGAACAUUUGAAUCUGAAAAGCUGAUGGUCAUUUCCAAGAUGAUGAAAGAUCACCCCGAUCUUAAUAUAAUCGAUAUUGGAGCCAAUAUUGGUGUUUAUACACUGAGCACCGCAAAGGCUGGACGUAAAGUACUGGCUGUUGAGGCCUUGGAUAGGAAUAUGCAACAUAUAUGUGCUUCUGUCAUGGAGGGGGGCUUACAGGACAAUGUAUACCUUAUCCACAACGCUAUCUCUAACGGGCAUUCGGUCGUCAACUUGGGUGUGGACAAGAGUAACAUGGGCGGCACAUUUGUGGAUGUAGAUUCUGGCCAUAUCAAGGAACUGAAAUUAGGUCGGGCUCAGGGUACCUAUGGACAAGUGUACACUAUCACAAUGGAUGAUCUUCUGGAACUGCCAAUUAUGAAAGAAUUUCAAAAAGUGUUCAUUAAAAUGGAUGUUGAGGGUUUCGAAGCCCGUGCUGUCGAAAAGGCGACGAAAUUUUUCGAGAAAAUCAAUGUUGUUGGAUUUGUAAUGGAGUGGGAGUUCCACAGAAAUCAACCAACCGCGAAGAAAAUUAUUGAUUUUAUGACAGCGCGAAAAUAUAAACCUCAUGUAUGCAACGUUGGAAAAGCUCCGUUGAAUAUAGCUGAAAGUGGCAAAUGGGGAUAUGAUGUUCUAUGGCUACCAGGCUGAAACUUAGAGAUCGAUGUCAGUGUCUUACAAUUCUUGGGUUAAAUGUUCGUUUGGAUUAUAAAGUUUGGAAGCACAUACAUGUAGAAUACUUAGAAUUGUCUUUGAUACAUUUCACAGCGGAUCCCUUUUCACCUCUUUAUCUUUCUUGUUGCAUGUUGAAUAUAAAAUCCAGGUAUGUAGCUUCGUUUUCGACAGGAGGUGGGCAGACUCCUCCAAAAACAAAUCUGAUAAGCCAAAGAAAAAUGUAAUAUUCCAAAAUCAUGAAAUUCCCGAUCCUUUGGGGGUGGGGGUUGCGUAAUACAUUUGUCUAAAAAUUCAUUGUUUAUUUCAUUCAUUUUUUCCAUGUCCAUCACAACGACCAUUCUAAUAUGUUGAUGGAUGUUCAAUGUGUUUUAUGAAUAUAUAUAUUUUUGCCCAUAAAAUUGCCCUUUUUUUUAUCGAGUUUGACUUUUCGGAGUUUACGCUAGAAGAAAGUCUACAUUCAUCCACAUAGCUCUCUGUUCGCUGCUUACAAAGUAUUUUUUUUGUUAAAUCACGAGAUAAACAAGACCUAAUGUAAAAGUCUAAAGUAUAAGGUUGUUUUAUUUGCUCAAAAUUUACUUCGAAUUAGUUUUUAACUGUUCGUCGUUUAGUUUUAGAUUUCAGUUCCCAUUUAAAUGAUACUUUUGAUUCACCAAUUUGAUAAUCCUUUCCAUCAGCCAGUACAGGUGCUAUUUCAUAAUGUAUGGGUUGAUAUUAUAAUGGAUUCAGUCGAUACGAAUUCAGUUUCAGUGUCAGACUGGCAGAGAAAGUAUUGAUUAAAGAUAUCAAAUUGUGAAACCUUUACAUCAAUCACUCGUGGCAAGAUGAUAUUUGCACGGUGCUAAGCACGCCUAAAUCAAUUUCAAACUCAGUCAUGGGUGAAGUAUCUGGGAAUAAUUAUACUUUUUGGAUGAUAUGUUUGCAAAAAAAACAAAAAAAAAAACAAAGUUAAAUAUUAACUUUUCAUUGUUAGCUACAUGCAUGGUAUUCGUUGAACUUUGUUCUAACUUCAGCCGCAGGCGUUAGGAAGGGUCACAAAAUAUAGAAAAAUAUUUAUUGGAUCUGACACCGAAGAACUUGAAUCCCAUAAAUUUAUUAUAGGGCCCCAACUGCGAUUUCGUAUUUUUAAAAGCGGUAUAUAAAUGUAUCAGGUUUUUCUAAAUAAACAAAAUCAUGAAAUAUCUAUUUGACAGUCCGGUCGCUACAUGUACAUUCAGUAAAGUUGAUGAUUGUGAGUAUUUUUUUUAAGUCGAUGAUUAUGAAAAAGGGAAAAAAGAAACAAAUAUACAAUUUGUUUAUGAAAAGUAUAUAUUUUUCCCCAUGUAUAGCGUUAAUAUUUAAGUUAAGCUAUUCUUUUAUUAACUGGGUCUUAAUGGCUCGGAUAUACUUAUUGUAAAGCUUGUUAGUGGUACCACGUCCGAUAAGGUUGCUCAUAUAACCAGCGUGGUUCAUGGGCCUCUUCUCUGUUACCAUUGCUCAAUCUAAUUUAAUUAAAAUACAAUGUAUAUUAGCGAUGAUGAUAUUAAUUUCGUGACUGUGCUAAUGAAUUAUUUCAAAUUAGCUGGCAAUAUAACUUGGAUUUGUGUAGAAAGUUCUGGUUUUUGUUGUGUUUUUCUUCCCCUAAAAUUUAUCUGUAGGUACAAAAUGUAUAAGCAUUUUCGACAGCGAAAAAAAAAUCAAUGCCAUUUGUCCAAAAUUAGACUACUUUUAAGCGAGUUUUAUGCCUGUGUAAAGAAAAUACAUUUAAAGAUAAAUCUUUAAACGUUUUUUAAGACUUUUGUGCCAUACAUACAUUAUGAACAUUGUCUUCGUAUGGGGCAACAAAGUGCCAUACAUAAUAAAAUUUUGAAUAGAUUUCAUUUGCCAGAAUUGACAUGACAUUGAACAUAACUUUUGUGAAUGUGACAGCGUGUAUUUAAAUGAUUCAUGUAAUGUUUGAUUUGGGGUACAUGAUAGUAAUAUUAUUACGUUUAAGAACAAAUUUUCUACCCGUUAUUUUCAUAUAGAAAAGAUAUUCUUCACACGAAAAAAAUGUAUCAUUAAUGAAUAUGCAAUAUUUUUGUUUUGUUUUGUAUGCAUACAUGCUAUAAUAGCACGAUCAUAUACAAUGUUGUAUCCAUCAAUAUUUUGUUCAAAAUGUAAAGUGACUUUAAGAUCCAAAUGGACAAGGUAAAAAUAUUAAAAAAAAAUGAUUGUGCAGAAUUAUGAGAUGUUGAUCGUUAUACAAAAUUAUUAUUCUGUGAUUUGAACAUAUCUUAUUCGAUAAAUUACACGUAGAGCGGAUUGGCAACAAGUUCCUUCAACUUACUUUUCCUCUCCUCAUGUUUCAAAAUUCUUUUGUAUAUGUUGUGUACAAUAAAAUAUGUUUAAAUUCAAUGAUAAUACAUUAAAAAGAUAGAAUUUUUCUGUACAAUCAUGCACUGAUCACUAUUAUACACAAUUCAUGAAAUAAUGAACGAAACCGCCAUUGUAUAUUUGUGUAAUUAUUCGAGUAUGAAUUAUGUGUUCUUUGUUGCUUAAAUUUGGGGAUUUUUUUUGAAAUAAAAACAAUUGGAAUCAAUCUAA